AUGGAGGACGACACCAUCAAAAAUCAGAUCAUCAGCUGCCACAUCGGCAACUCAGUGAACGGUCUCAAGGCACUUUCUGACAACCAAAGCCUGGCUCAGUCAAUUCGUGAAACUCAACUCAACUGUGCUUGCCCCAAAAAACAAACAUUGCUAGGCAAAUUUGGCAAGUUGUUGUUGCCUUCAGGCAACUUUUCAAAUAACGCCAACAACAACACCAGCACGUUCAGCGAAAUCGACCAAAUCGAACAGGAUCGAGCCGAAGCUAAACGCAGACUUGAAGUGGCCGUCAAGAAGUUGUGCAAAAAGUCGGCUAAAGCUUUAAAAAAGCCGAUUGAAAAGAACCGCCAAAAAGCUCAGCAGACAUUGGAAAACUUGAACUUUGAAACCGAAAUCUUCUAUCACCGAAUCAACCACCUCAGUGAACAGUUUGCCAAGUUAAAUAAGGCAAUUGGUCAAAACGGCGACAUUGACCCAGACUUUGCGCCCACGGCCAUCUACACUCCAUCAACGCUGAAAGUGCUUACUGCUGAAAUUCAACUUGAAAUGGAGCGCACAAACAAACUUCCCUUGGCGACCAUUAUUGAGGAGGAUGAAGGGGAGUUUGCCACCACAAUGCCCUCUUUGGACUUCUCUCCUUCAAACCCUGUCUACCGUCCAUCUCCAUCGACCAUUCAUCCUAAGUACAUUAUUGAGCUGCUGGCAAAAGUUUGCGACCGCUUGUCGCCUCUUUCAAACUACGAACUCAAUGUUAUGGGAGUUUUUGGCUGCGGCGCUCAAAGUACGGUUCACCAGGCCUGGCUGAAGGCAAACGGCUCCAAGGGCUCUGCCAUUGCUUUGAAGGUGCAGCUGGUCACUGCUCGCCGUUUCCGGGACGUCCUCACCGAGGUGAACCUCAUCGGCGGCGAAACUGCUGUUUUGCGCCAUCAGAACAUUCUCACCGCCAGUCGAUGUUCACUUUUCAAGUCACACAGCUCUGGACUUCUGGGCUACCAUUUUUACAUGGCACUGGCUUUAGAACCGAUGGCCGAUGGAAGCCUGGCCGAUUACGUCUACGACUACUGGCUGGAGCCAUUUGUUGCCUGUCUGAUGCUGCAACUGCUGCCCGCGCUCAGCUACAUUCACGCACAGGGAAUAGUUCACGACAACAUCAAGCCAGACAACAUACUGCUCAACAAUGGCACUGUGAAAAUCGCCGACUUUGGCAAGGCGAUGUACCUGAAGGAAGAGCAGGAGGAGGCACAAGGACGGCAAGGCAAAACUAGCGCCAUUCGGUACACCGCCCCUGAAAAGGCCCGAGCCCGACUGGAUGGCGGCAAUUCAAAACAGGAUGAGUUGUCCACUGCCCUUGAUAUUUGGGCACUGGGCGCCACACUGUACGAGCUGCUUGAAGGGAAAUGCCCCUAUCACAAGUACGACAGCAACAAAGUUCUUUUGGCCAUCAGCACUCAUGGACUCUUUCUGACAAGAAAUGAAAAAUAUUCACCCACAUUGAAGAGUUUCUUCUCACUAAUGACCCAAUUUAAACCUGCUGAUCGACCCUCUGCUGAUGUUCUUCUUGCCGAUCCCUUCAUUGCCAAAGCCAGCACUCCCAGCGAGUUGGCCGCUUUCAUUAAAAAGCUGAAAGAUGACAUUCAAUUGACCAAAUAA